AUGUCUCGUGCAAGUACUUCCGCUGCGCGCCAGCUCACUCCCACGGAAGAGCUAGAAAAACUUGAGCAACAAAUUACAUUGACCCUCCAAGGCUUGUUAUGCUGUUUCCAGUUGCCAUUUUGGAAACAAUUCUUUGAAGCCAGUGCAAAUGUGUCCUUAUCCGGCGUAGAAGAGCGACAGGAUGAUGAAGAUCUUUCAUACGGCCAGUCCAAUCUGGAAGCAAGCACAUAUGCGGAAUCAUCGCGACCCGCUGACGAGACUCUCCAUGAGAGUCGGUCCUAUGAUCAGACACACGAUUCUUUACUCGACGAUGGGGACAUAAGUGGAAGUACACCUAGGGCUCCUCGUCCCAAGAGCGCACUCGGAGACUCUCCAAGAUAUACAGGCUUCUCAUCGCCAUAUGAAAAAUCAAAGCAGGAGUUAGAUGGACCGCAAGAGCCAGACGAUGAUACUCGACUACAGCCAACUACUCCGGGUAUUCAGUCACGAACCGCGAAUAUUUCCGUGACGCCCAUGUCGUCCCCAUUCAACCCUACCACAUACCUCCAAUCACAGUCAAAAAGUCGCAUGAAUCAAGAUCCGCUCUUACACCGUGUGCUGGACAAGAAUUAUCGAAUACAGGCAACUCCUCAUAAGACUGCCCGUAAGCAGGAGAAAACUCCAAUCAACAAACCUUCAUGGAGAGAUGAUAAUUCUCCAAUGUCAUCACCGCCGGAAGCAGCGCCUCAACUCCACGCCGAAAUUUUCAGUUCGCCUAUUAGGAAGCAAUACAAUGCCCCCCGAACGCCUGGAGUAAGCGUGCAAACUCCCGCGAAAUCAAAAGCAAAGGAGGCGGCUCUGAAGCCACCUAAAAAGGAUGAGAUAAGCUGGGAGAGUGAUAGUGAUGAAGAUGCCGAAGGCGUUUAUCGAGAGCUCGGCAUGAGUCCCCCCAAAACCAUUCAAUUUAACUUACCACAGUCAAGAUUGCUACAAACACCAGCAAGAGAAGCAAGUAAGAUGAUUGUUCAAGACCUGCUACAAACAGCUGGAGCAGGUUUUGAUGAUUCAGAUGAACUCGACAGUCCAAGUAUGGUUCAUAUGAGAGAUAAUUUAGAUGAUAGCUUUUGA